AUGCAAAGCAUCAACAAUCAUGCCUCGGAUGUGCAUACUGGCCACGGAGGGAUCUACAACCGCUGCCUCCAUGAACCUCUCAUUGGAGAGAGGGAGUGGCUCUCUCCAGGUACCCCAGCAUACAAGCGUUUUGCAGCAAUCACGACACAACGAUUGCUGCUCAGGGACCUCGAGCACGUCUCACCCGCGGGCCAGACCUACAACCUCGAGUCUUAUCACAGUACUCUGACAAGAUUUGCCCCCAAGUCUGUUGCAUUCAAGCCCGGCAUGAUGCUUGCCAGAACCAGGCUGGCUGACCUCCAUCAUAAUGAGAACUCCACAAGAAGCCAAGCCCUCACAAGACGUCUCAAGUGGAAGAGGAGAAUGCAGAGGGCAAAGAAGGGGAUUGAGACCGUCAAGAAGGAGAAAACCAAGCCUACCUACGCGUACGUCGGCGCACUUCUCCACGAAGUUGUCGCUUCCUGCAACGAGUCGUCCUCCUUCAAGGAGGCACUGGAAAAGACCCGUCAGGAAGAAGUCCUCCCCAUGGCGGCGCUGUACCCAAGGCUCCCCAAAGAGCAGCUGGUGGCGCAGAGAAUGUCGCGCUUCAGCCGGGGGGCGCCAGGACACUCAUGAGGUGAAUGCUCCAUACAGAUACCUUGCAGCUAAUUAUUUAGCAUGAGGAUUAGGGGUAUGCCAGCUCACCUGGCUUUUUGGGACAUAAAUCCUUAAAGGGACACUGACACACCCAAAAAAGUUUUUUUAGUGUUUUGCCAGGCGAUUCAUUAUGGUGUCAAAAGA